AUUUAUCAAAUUUGAAAAAGAGACCCACAUCCUUCCUCUCACUCAUUUUCAUUUCAGCAUAAACUUCAACUCACCCCACAUCCUCAUGUCAGGUUCACAACAUCUGAAGAAUAUUGAUAUAAAUGUAUACUACGGUGGACCUCUUAACAAUCCUGGGGGGAUUGAGGGAUUUCCAUUUACAGGGCCGGGUAUCCAAUGCUACCCCAUGAUGAUACGUCGUAAGUUGAAGACGUUGAUUGAUUUGAAGUUGAAAAUAAUGGACGAAUUGAAUUUGAACUCUGCUUGGUAUGACAUCAAGAUUAUUUAUCGUUACCCACAAGAAGUCCUACAUGAACGGAUAAAUUACGGGUAUAUGGCGAUUAAAGAAGACAAACAUGUGAAGAUGAUGUUUAAUAGGAUCCAGAAAAUGCCCCAAGUAAAUGCUGCUGAGUUGUACAUAAGUUCAGAGCCGCUUGCGGAAGUUGAUACUGAGAUGGUGCAACAAACAACUACGUCUUUACAAUUUACAGCCCUUGAUGAUGGAUGCACUGCAAUGGGAGGGUAUACAAUGGGAGAUUAUAUGCUCCCAUCUCAAGAUCAUGUUGUAAAUACUGGUGAAACCCUCCAUUGUCAAGAGACACAUUUAGAGGAGGAUGACGAAGACGAAGACUAUGUUGAAUUGUCAAGAGACACAUUUAUCUCCUGCCAUGAUACCAUGUUAAAUUGCCAGUUCUCCCCAAAACUUAAGCUAUUAGAAAAUGGUGAAUUUAAUCAUUUAACCAUAGUUCUUAUAUUGAAGGUAUAG